GCGGCGGCAGUGGCGGGCGGCGCCCGGCAGACGGAGCUGUGCGGGCGGCGCGGGGAGGCGGGGAGGCACCGGCGCGGCCCCGACAUCCCUGCGCAUCCCGCAGCCCCGCCGGGGAUGCCGCCGCCCGCCGGGCCCUGAGCGCCGGGACGCGGCGGCCGCCGGCCCCGCUCCGCCCGCGCCUCGCCCGCGCCGCCGCCCCCCCCGGAGCCGCCGCCGCCCGCGGAGCCCGGCUGGAAAAUGGAGGCGGUCGAGGCCAGCACCCUUCAGCAGGAGAGGCUGCAGGCCAUCGCGGAGAAGCGGAAGCGUCAGACGGAGAUCGAGAACAAGCGGCGGCAGCUCGAGGACGACAGGCGGCAGCUGCAGCACCUCAAGUCCAAGGCCCUGCGGGAGCGAUGGCUGCUGGAGGGGGCCCCGGCCUCCGCCUCCGAGGAGGACGAGGCCAUGAAGAAGCAAAUGCAGGAGGACGAGGUGAAGACCAAGGAGCUGGAGGAAACCAUCCAGAGGCUGGAGAAGGAGCUGGAGACGCUGGAGAACGGCAGCUCGGCGGCUUCCACCAGGGAGAACCUGGCGGAGGUGGCGGCGGUGCCGGCGGCCAAGGAGGAGAAGGCGGAGGCCGUCCCCAACGCCGAGAAGAGUCCCCUGGGCACCGUCAAGGCCGAGAAGAAGGUCUCCAGCAGCCCCAUGAAGGCGGUGGAAGGCACUGACAUGCUGAAGGCAGCCAUGUACUCCGUGGAGAUCACGGUGGAGAAGGACAGAGUGACUGGGGAGACCAAGGUCCUAUCCAGCACCACCCUUCUCCCCCAGAACCACUGUCUGCAGGGGGUCAAGGUGUACGAGGACGAGCUGAGAGUGGUGCACGCGGUGAGCGCCGAGGACGGCGCCCUGGCCGACGGCGCCCAGCCGCUGAGCUCCUCCGAGGUCGACGAGCUCCUGCACAAGGCCGACGAGGUGACCCUGAGCGACGCCUCCGAGCGGGAGCCCGCCGGCGGGGAGGGCCCGCGUGGGGCGCCCGGCAGCGCCCCGUCCAGCCGGCAGCCCACGCCGCGGCGGGAGAUCACGGGGCUGCAGGCGGCGCCGCGGGAGAGCGGCCCGGGCCAGGGCGCCGAGCAGCCCGUCACCAUGAUCUUCAUGGGCUACCAGAACGUGGAGGACGAGGACGAGACCAAGAAGGUGCUGGGGCUGGAGGGCACCAUCAAAGCCGAGCUGGUGGUGAUCGAGGACGCCGAGAGCAAGCCGGCGGCGUCGCCGUGCAAGGAGCACGCGCCGCCCAACGGCACGGCGCUGGAGCCGGCGGCCGCCCCGCCGCCCCCGGAGGAGGGCCCGCAGCCGGGCGCCAGCGCCACGGACGCCAAGGAGGCCGAGCAGGACACGGACGCGAAGAAGCAGCGCUGCAAAUGCUGCACGGUGAUGUGAGGUCCCGCCGAGAGCCGCCGUCGCCAGGCUGCCCGUCCCCGCGCGCCCUCUCCCGCCCCGGCCCCCCGCCCCCCCGUCUGCGGCCCCGCCGGACACAGGGUUACCCACUGACCAGACACGGCUCCCGUACUUUUUUUUCUUAAGAACUGGGGAAAUCCAACAUGGCGUUUGUAAAGUGUACAAAGAGCAGCAUCGCCUCGAGGCCGCGGCACCGCCCGCCCGCCCGCCCGCGCCCGCUCCGUGUGCCGUCCCGCCGGCGCUGCCUGCUGCAUCGCUCGGAGCCCCCGCAGCGCUUCCCGGCUCCCGCCCGGCGCCGGGUGCCGGCACGGGGAUCGGAGGACGGCACCGUGUCUUUAGAUGAUUCCUCGUGAGCCGGCAGCUGGCAGGACCUGCGUUUUGGGAAGGGCACGGGGACGGCCUGCUCCCCCGCAGCAGCUUCCCCACGAAACCCAGCGCGCCCGGGUCCCCGAGCACCGAAGCUGCCAGCGGCAGCACGGCGGAGGCGGUGUGGAGGGCAGCAUCCGUGUGCAGCUGCGGGGAGCCGGGCGGCUGGCAGAGCCCGGGAGCCCCAGGCACCUCCGCAGCCCCGCGCGGCGCUGCCAGCCGGGAGCAGGUUUGCUGGUGCUGGGCUCCCCUCGGCGCACGGGAGCUCCUGGGCCCCGCGCAGCGCCCACCCGUCCCCCUGCCUCUGCCGGGCUCUCACCAGCAGCAGCAGCAGCGUUUCCUCCCCUGCGGGGCUGCAGGGGCCGGGGGCUCCCAGCCCCCCCGGGCAGAGCAUCCCCGAGCGCCCGGGCUUGGCUCCGCGGCGUGCCGGGCUCCGGGACGGGGCAGCUUUGGGCGCCCCGGGGUUUUGCAUCCCGCGCAGAGCGAAGGGCGCCCGGGCGGCAGAGCAGCGAGCAAUGGAGCGUCGCCCUGCUCCGAGGCCUUCCCCACCUCCCCUCCCUUCGUGUGAGCAGUGACCCCUCCCUGUUGCCACCAGUUGCCACCAGUUACCCCCAGUUUGCACCGAGGCUGUGGCUUUGCUCACGCACGUGCGUGUCUGCAGGGAGCAGCAGGCGGGGGCUCAGCAGGGACACAUGCCACCACCUGCCCCCCCGGGGACCAGGGAGGGCACUGGGAGCAUCGCCCCGGCUCCCCCUGCAUCGCCCCGGCCGGCUGCCCGGGGGCCAGGCCGAUCCCGCACCCCAGCUCCCGCGAUCCCACUUUGUCCCAGACCGGGCGCCCCUGGAUCCCGCGAUCCCACCUCAUCCCGGACUGCCCCUUCCUCGCGGCUGCCCAGCCCCCUCGCCUGCCGACAGAGCCCCGGCCGCCCCGCUGGCUUUGGACCCGGAGCCAGCGCCGGGCCCGGCUGGAGCAGGAUGAGGCCGUUCCCGGCCGGGAGGUGCCGCAGCCCCGGCUCAGCCCAAGUGCACUUCCCGCGCUCCCUGCUUUUGGUUUGUGACAAGCGUCCGAAGCCCCCGGCCCCCCCCUUGUUUGUAAGACCCCCGAACCGAGCAAAUAAACCGUGUGAAUAACCA